UCACAGAAGAAGAAGAAGAAGAAGACCAAUCCAUUCAUUUGAAAGUGUGAGAGACCGCACGGAAGUGGUUUAAAAUAAAGCGAUUGCGUCUUGGGAUAUCGUUUCUGGCCGAAGCUGUUAAAAUACUUUUUAUACACUACUGCAGCAAUCUUUUCAACGAUGACGGGGUCAAAUGAGUUUAAACUCAACCAAGGUCCUGAAGACAGUAUUUCAGCUGUGAAAUUCAGUCCCAGUACGGCACAGUUUUUACUGGUCUCUUCGUGGGACUCCACUGUACGUCUGUAUGAUGUUGGGAGCAAUUCUUUGAGAAUGAAGUAUCAGCAUCUUGCUCCAGUGUUGGAUUGUGCCUUUUAUGAUCCCACACAUGCCUGGAGUGGGGGCUUGGAUGCACAGUUGAAAAUGCACGAUUUGAAUACAGAUCAAGAUACUAUUGUUGGGACACAUGAUGCACCAAUUCGCUGUGUAGAGUACUGUCCAGAGGUCAAUGUCAUGGUAACAGGCAGUUGGGACAGGUCAGUUCGACUCUGGGACCCAAGGACCCCAUGCAAUGCUGGAACCUUUACCCAACCUGAAAAGGUUUACACUCUGUCAGUUGCUGGAGAUCGGCUUAUUGUGGGAACAGCAGGAAGAAGGGUGCUUGUAUGGGACCUCAGAAACAUGGGUUAUGUCCAGCAGAGAAGAGAGUCUAGUCUGAAGUAUCAGACUCGUUGCAUCCGUGCUUUUCCAAACAAACAGGGCUAUGUUUUGAGCUCAAUUGAGGGAAGGGUGGCUGUGGAGUAUCUGGAUCCCAGUCUGGAAGUGCAGAAGAAGAAAUAUGCAUUUAAAUGCCACCGCCUAAAGGAAAAUGGCAUUGAGCAGGUCUACCCUGUCAAUGCUAUCUCUUUUCACAGUAUUCAUAACACCUUUGCCACAGGUGGUUCUGAUGGCUUUGUGAACAUAUGGGAUCCCUUUAACAAGAAGCGUCUGUGCCAAUUCCACCGCUAUCCUACGAGCAUUGCAUCUUUGGCUUUCAGUAUGGAUGGAAGCCUCCUCGCAAUUGCUUCAUCUUAUAUGCAGGAGCAAGGUGAUAUCACUCACCCAGAGGAUGCCAUCUUCAUCCGACAGGUCACAGACGCCGAGACCAAGCCAAAGUCAACUUGAAUGUCUGAUGGAUAACCAAUCUCUCAACCCCCCAACCCCCCCCCCCCCCCCCCCCCAACCCCACAACACAGACACACACUCUUUCUUCUGUUUUUUUCUGCCUUUUUCAUACUGUAGAAUGUGAUUAUUCUCUCCUCUCCUUUUUUUUUCUUCCUUAUAGUUUGCUAUUUGAAAGACGACUUGUAUAUCUAUUUAGUGUUUUAUAUAUGUAUCUACUUAGUGUUUGUGUACAUUUUCAGACUCAAUGCUGCCCUGGCAUCACUCUUAUUUUAGUGUUUUCUGGUUUCCAACAAAUAAACGAAUGAAUAUAACUUUC